GCAAAGUCUGGCUUCCGAGGCUCCGCCUCCUGGGGACUGUACACUAGGUUUCCGCUAUGGGACUCUAGCCGUUCGCGUCUUCUCGCCAGUGACUGCAUUCGAGAUGGCCUCGGACUCGGGGGACCGUGGGACCGCCUGCACGCUGGAGUUCGCGGUGCAGAUGACCUGUCAGAGCUGUGUGGACGCGGUGCGCAAGUCUCUGCAAGGAGUGGCAGGUGUCCAGAGUGUAGAGGUGCAGCUGGAGAACCAGAUGGUCCUGGUGCAAACCACCCUGCCCAGCCAGGAGGUGCAAGCCCUCUUAGAAGGAACAGGGCGGCAGGCGGUACUCAAAGGCAUGGGCAGUGGCCUUUUGCGGAAUCUGGGGGCAGCAGUAGCCAUUCUGGGAGGACCUGGCCCUGUGCAGGGGGUGGUGCGCUUCCUGCAGCUAACCCCUGAGCACUGCCUCAUUGAGGGAAGCAUUGAUGGCCUAGAGCCUGGGCCACACGGACUCCAUGUCCAUCAGUUUGGGGACCUUACAAGGAACUGCAACAGCUGUGGGGACCACUUUAACCCUGAUGGAACAUCUCAUGGGGGCCCCCAGGACACUGACCGGCACCGGGGAGACCUAGGAAAUGUCCACGCCGAUGCUGACGGCCGAGCCAUCUUCAGGAUAGAGGAUGAGCAGCUGAAGGUGUGGGAUGUGAUUGGACGAAGCCUGGUCAUUGAUGAGGGAGAAGACGACCUGGGCCGCGGAGGCCAUCCCUUAUCCAAGAUCACGGGGAACUCAGGAAAGAGGUUGGCCUGUGGCAUCAUCGCACGCUCCGCUGGCCUUUUCCAGAACCCCAAGCAGAUCUGCUCCUGCGAUGGCCUCACCAUCUGGGAAGAGCGAGGCCGGCCCAUUGCUGGGGAGGGGCGGAAGGAGCCAGCCCAGCCCCCUGCCCACCUCUGAGCAGGGCCUCAGCCUCAGGACUGUACUCUCCUCCUGGCUGGAUGCCAUGCUCUUCCAGGUGGAGGAGGGCAGGCCCGCUUGUUCAGUCCGAGGAGAGCAGGGAUACAGGGUGUGCGGGAGAACGCUGUGAGACUCCCUUGGCAAAUUAAAGUUUUAUUUUCACAUCCAA